GACCACUCAAUCCCACGUUUAUUUCCAAUCAGGGCGGCAGAGGGAGGUGGGGUCGGUGGCCUAGCUCAGCAGAUUAAUCAUGCAUGCUUUAUUUCUUGUCCUGUUGUGCGCAACAAGUUUCCAGGCGGUGAGAAAGGCACCGCCGUCGUUUCGGUCUUCCCAGUGCAUCAUGGGUUCUCCUGGGCGGUGGAUCCUCUGGACCGUGUGCGCGUGUCUUGCAGCUCGGCAGAAAGCGGCUCUCAGGGUAACCAUGAGGGAAGCCAGCCUGGAGGUGGUCCGAGGUGACUCCGUCCUCCUGCCCUGCUCCUUCUUCACCUCCUCCGACUUCUCCAGACUUAACGUCAUCUGGACCCUGGCUCCCUUCUCCAGCCCAGAGACCCCCGUACAGGUGAUUGUGUAUGACCACCGGCAGGUGAUUAAAAACCCUUCCCUCAUUGGCCGGGUGGAUUUUACAGGUCUUCCAUCCAGGGCAGACAUCAUGCUCAAUGACACGCACGUCUCCGACGGGGGGAUUUACCGCUGCAUGGUCAACAACCCACCGGACACCGCAGAUCCCGGCGUAGGGGAGCUGCUGCUGAGUGUGUUGGAGCCGCCUUCCCUGCCUGUGUGUGAGUGGGACGGAGAUGUUGACGUGGGAGGAAGCGUGAGGCUGUCCUGCUCGGUGGAAGAGGGCGUCCCCACUCCAGAGAUCCGCUGGGAGAAAGUCGACCCUGAGGAGAUUUCCCUUCCCAUCAACAUGGACGGCGAGCUGUCCGGCUCGGUCCAGAUCGUCAACGUGUCGUCUCAGACGUCCGGCCUGUACCGCUGCUCGGCCGCCAACGCCCUGGGAACCCAGAACUGCUACGUCAAGCUGGCCGUUUACCGCACAGCUGCGGACGGCGCGUGGGGCGUGCUGCCGGGCGUGCUGCUGACGCUGGUGAUGAGCCUGGUGCUGCUGGCCCUGCUGGCGCUCGUCGUGUGGCUGCAUCGCACGGGCCAGGACGGGAGGAGCGGGAGGAGGAGGAGGAGGAGGAGGUCGAGGGGGCACGGGAAGGCCGAGGAAGAGGAGUGCUACAACGAGAUACGCUACACCCCGUCCCUCAUGAAGCGCUCUUUUGUCUGACGGGCGGCAGAGGUUCCUGAUGAGUCCCCAGAACAGAGCCGGCCUUCUGGAUCAGCCUGUUGGGAUGCUGCAGCCCAGAAGGCUUUAUAAAGAGGUUUUUAUCUGAUGGCAGAGGAGAUCACACUCUCCACAACAGACCUACAGAUCUGCAGCAUCUCAUUUAUACCAACGUUGCACACAGAGGGACUAUUUAAGAAGGGUUCCCUGAUUUUUUACAUUUUUUAUUCUUAGGAGAAUUAGAGCAUUGGGGGAAUAAAAGCAUAAGCACAAUUUCUGACAUAAAUUUGAGAAGAAGUUUGAAUAUUUCUUGCAAGAAACUGUAGAUACUGAUGGCUAAAAUGUAAAGACAUCAUAUUG